UUCAAUAAUCUAAGCCAUAUUGUACUUCCCGUGUGACUUUAUCAUUUACCCUUCGCUCCCAUUGUGCACCGUUCUUACCCCACGCGAACGUGCACUGCCAUUUUGAUCGUUCGAAUUUCUACAAACUGCGACCAUCACCUCCACUGCCACCACCAAAUUCCGGCUUUUAGAGGGUCCCACGCCUAGUUCCAGCUAUCUCCGCCGCGAUUUUGCCUCCGAUUGUACCAGAAAUUGGAAGGAUGAGCGAAGUGUUUGAAGGAUACGAGCGCAAAUACUGCGAGCUCUCGGCGAAUCUUUCGAGGAAGUGUACGGCGGCUGGUGCUCUUGAUGGAGAGCAAAAGAAGCAAAAGCUUUCUGAAGUAAAAGCUGGGUUGGACGAUGCAGACUCUUUGAUUCGCAAAAUGGACCUUGAAGCAAGAAGUUUACAACCAAAUGUCAAGGCUGUUCUUCUAGCUAAGUUGAGGGAAUACAAGUCGGAUCUGAACAAUCUGAAAGGUGAAGUUAAAAGAAUAGCAUCUGGUGGCCUAAAUCCAGCUGCCCGAGAUGCACUGCUGGAAUCAGGGAUGGCUGAUGCACUCACAGCCACAGCUGAUCAGAGAUCAAGAUUAAUGAUGUCGACAGAAAGAUUAAAUCAGUCCAGUGACAGAAUUAAGGACAGUAGAAGAACCAUGCUGGAAACUGAAGAGCUUGGUGUUUCGAUUCUUCAAGAUUUGCAUCAACAGAGACAGUCUCUCUUGCAUGCCCAUGACACGCUGCAUGGCGUAGAUGACAACGUAGGCAAGAGCAAGAAAGUAUUAACUAACAUGACCAGGAGGAUGAACCGGAACAAGUGGAUGAUUGGUGCUGUUGUUGCAGUCCUUGUGGUUGCCAUCAUCUUGAUCUUGUACUUCAAACUCAAAUAAGCCAAGACAUUCCCUCUCGUUUGCUCUCUGAGUGUUUUAUGGG